AUAGAAUAAGAAAGGUAAAUCAGAUAAAUCACAGAAUUACUACACAUAUAAAGGAACAAAAAUCAUUCUACUUAUCUCGGUCUAGCUACUUAAAAUACUAUUUAUAGGUCCAAAAUUGUGGACUAUGAAACCAUCACCAGCGAGAUUAUCAUAUUAUGGGUGUGUUUGAUCAUGACAUCUAUCUGGUCCCAUUCUUCACCAGAUCUGUGUUGAUUUUCAGAGAUGAGCAACUUUAAAUUUUAGAGUGUGACCUGGGAUCGAUAUAUCUUCGAUCGUCUAUAUAUGUGUGUCCGAUCGAUCGAGUUGCUAGCAAAUAUUGGAAGCAAAGGCUAGGCAUAGAAAAUGGCAACUACAAAGAGCAAGGUUCUUGUGGUUGGUGGAACUGGUUACAUGGGGAGGAGGAUUGUCAAGGCAAGCCUAGCAGCAGGCCACCCGACUUAUGUUCUUCAAAGGCCGGCGCCGGAGAUCGGCCUCGACAUUGAGAAGCUACAAAUGCUCUUCUCGUUUAAGAAGCAAGGCGCUCAUCUCGUCGAGGGUUCGUUUUCAGAUUUCCACAGCCUUGUUGAUGCUGUCAAGCUAGUUGAUGUUGUCAUAUGCACCAUGUCGGGGACACAUAUCCGGAGUCACAACAUUAUGCUGCAGCUCAAACUUGUUGAAGCCAUUAAAGAAGCUGGAAAUGUGAAGCGUUUCUUGCCAUCGGAGUUUGGUAUGGACGUAGCACGUAUGGGAAAUGCUCUUGAACCGGGAAGAGUUCCCUUUGAUGACAAAAUGAAAGUGAGAAAAGCAAUUGAAGAUGCUAACAUCCCCUUCACAUAUGUAUGUGGUAUUGGCUUCGCAGCUUACCAUGCUGGAAACCUUUGCCAAAUGGGAACCCUGGUUCCUCCAAGGGAUAAGGUGCUUAUGUAUGGAGAUGGCGACCGAAAAGUGAUACUUAUGGAUGAGGAUGACAUUGCAACAUACGCGAUAAAAACAAUUGAUGAUCCGCGAACAUUUAACAAAACAUUGCACCUUCGUCCUUUGGAGUGCAUAGUCUCUCAAAGACAGUUGGUGGAGAUCUGGGAAAGCCUUGUUGGGAAGAAGCUAGAAAAGGUUACCCUUUCCAAAGAAGACUUCCUUGUCUCUAUGAAAGAUAUGGACUAUGCAAAUCAAGUAGGAGCAGGACAUUUCCAUGACAUGUACUACGAAGGUUGUUUGACAAACUUUGAAAUAGGGGAAAAUGAAGAAGAAGCUUCAAAGCUUUAUCCCGAAGUGAAGUACACUCGCAUGCAUGAAUUUUUGAAUAUUUAUGUUUAGUAAUAGCUAAACAGCCGAAGAAUAAUUAGACAUAGCCAGUGAUGAGAGUGAAUUUCCAUUCUGUUCUACGCAAUUCUGCUUUGUCGUUGUUGCACUGAGGUUAACUAAGGUAAACUAUCUAUUGGUGUUUUCUUUUCCAUAGUUACACGUUAUUUAAUUUUCGUCUAUUUCUUUACUUAUGUCAUAUACCGUAGAGAAAUUUAUCUGAAUGGUAUA